AAAUUAUGACCACGCCCCCUUUGGCUUUACGUAAUGACGUAACCACGCCCCUUCCUGCUUCUACUAUAACUAACCCGCAGUGUGAUUGUCGCAUUCAGAGGCGCGAGCAGUUGUCGUACUUUGACUGAAGUGACUCGACGCUGAAGAUGUUUCUGGCUAAGAAGCUGAUUGGCGGACUCAUCGAUGUGGUCAGCAACAUCGAUCCAGGCCAGUUCGUGCCCUCUGACCCUCCUCCUCCUCGCAGACCGUUGGCAUACGUCCAGUCUAACGAGAAUGAUGAGGAGCGACAGUUCCGUAAAGUGUUCCAGCAACUCGCCGGCGACGACAUGGAGGUGAGCCCCAAUGAGCUGAUGAACAUCCUCAACAAAAUCGUCUGUAAACAUGGUGACCUGAAGACAGACGGCUUCUCUAUCGAGUCCUGCAGGAGUAUGGUGGCUGUCAUGGACAGCGACAGCACGGGCAAACUGGGGUUCGAAGAGUUCAAAUACCUCUGGAACAACAUCAAGAAGUGGCAGGGCAUCUAUAAGCAGUUUGAUGCCGAUCGGUCCGGCAUGAUCGGAGCAGAUGAGCUGCCCAACGCAUUCAAAGCUGCAGGCUUCCCCCUGAACGACCAGCUCUUCCAGCUGAUCAUCCGCAGGUACAGCGAUGAGAAAGGCAACAUGGACUUCGAUAACUACAUCGGCUGCCUGGUCCGUCUGGACGCCAUGUGCCGUGCUUUUAAGACGCUGGACAAAGACAACAACGGCACCAUUAAAGUGAACGUCAAAGAGUGGCUGCAGCUGACCAUGUACUCCUGAGCAACUCGCCGUGCCUGGACCACUAACUCGAGGCGCUAUAUUCACACUGAGCACUACAACGCUAGCCAAAGCAAAUUUAAACACAACCCGAUGCGGCUCUGAAGCUCCUUUUGUUUUUGUUUGUUUGUUUGUUUGUUUUUUUUUAUCUGAUCAUGCGUUACUGAUGCCUUUUGUUAGCUAGAGUCAUUUAUAUGAAGAAAUAAGCUUAAUAGAGUUUUUAACAUGAUUAUUGCCCAACAGUGUGGUUUAUUAAUCUGUACAGCAUGAAUAAAAUCUGCAGGUGACGUUAGCGCAUGAGGCCAAAAGGGGGCGCCGCUGUACUGAUGGAAAGUUAAACAUGCACACUUAAAUUUUAUAGGAAAUAAAGUAUAUAUAAGUAAAUAAA